GUAACGGGACGGGCGCGACCAUGGCGCGGUGAGGGAGCGGGGGUGGGGAUCGGUCCGGGGGAGGCCUGGGACCGCUGGCUUGUGUGCAGUCUCGGACGCCCCCCCUUUCGCUGCCGCCGCCGCCGCCCCGGGCAUGUCGUCCAACUGCACCAGCACCACGGCGGUGGCGGUGGCGCCGCUCAGCGCCAGCAAGACCAAGACCAAGAAGAAGCAUUUCGUGUGCCAGAAAGUGAAGCUAUUUCGGGCCAGCGAGCCGAUCCUCAGCGUCCUGAUGUGGGGGGUGAACCACACGAUCAAUGAGCUGAGCAAUGUCCCUGUCCCUGUCAUGCUAAUGCCAGAUGACUUCAAAGCAUACAGCAAGAUCAAGGUGGACAAUCAUCUCUUCAAUAAAGAGAACCUCCCCAGCCGCUUUAAGUUUAAGGAGUACUGCCCCAUGGUGUUCCGAAAUCUCCGGGAGAGGUUUGGGAUUGAUGAUCAGGAUUACCAGAAUUCAGUGACGCGCAGUGCCCCCAUCAACAGUGACAGCCAGGGCCGAUGUGGCACACGUUUUCUCACUACCUAUGACCGGCGCUUUGUGAUCAAGACUGUGUCAAGUGAGGAUGUGGCUGAGAUGCACAACAUCUUAAAGAAAUACCACCAGUUCAUAGUGGAGUGUCACGGCAAUACCCUUCUGCCACAGUUCCUGGGCAUGUACCGCCUGACUGUGGACGGCGUAGAAACCUACAUGGUGGUCACCAGGAAUGUGUUCAGCCAUCGGCUCACUGUACACCGCAAGUAUGACCUCAAGGGUUCUACUGUUGCCAGAGAAGCGAGUGACAAGGAGAAGGCCAAGGACUUGCCAACCUUCAAAGACAAUGACUUCCUCAAUGAAGGGCAGAAGUUGCACGUGGGAGAAGAGAGUAAAAAGAACUUCCUGGAAAAACUGAAACGGGAUGUAGAGUUCCUGGCCCAGCUGAAGAUCAUGGACUACAGCCUGCUGGUGGGCAUCCACGAUGUGGACCGGGCAGAGCAGGAGGAGAUGGAGGUGGAGGAGCGGGCGGAGGAUGAGGAGUGUGAGCACGACGGGGCGGGGGGCAGCCUGCUCUGCCCCUACGGCACACCUCCGGACAGCCCUGGCAACCUCCUCAGCUUUCCCCGGUUCUUUGGCCCUGGGGAAUUUGAUCCCUCUGUUGAUGUCUAUGCCAUGAAAAGCCAUGAAAGUGCCCCCAAGAAGGAGGUUUAUUUCAUGGCCAUCAUCGAUAUCCUCACGCCAUAUGAUGCUAAGAAGAAAGCUGCACAUGCUGCCAAAACAGUGAAACACGGGGCGGGAGCGGAGAUCUCAACUGUGAACCCUGAGCAGUACUCCAAACGCUUCAACGAGUUCAUGUCCAACAUCCUGACGUAGUUACCCUCUACCUUCAGCCAGAGCCAGAGUGCUGGAUGUGGGGUCGGGGAUUGGAAGAGGGAGAGGGUGUUAUUUGGGCUGGAUGGGAGGGUGGGGAGCAGAGUGGCAGGUAGAGGAGGGCUUUAGCAAUGCGACUGCAGCCUGUGACACUGGAAGAGACUAGCUGGAGGGGAGGGGACGUGCUGUGUGCACGUGCUCACAGGAUGUAACCUCACCUGCUUACCCUUGAUUUCCCCCCCAUUUGACCCAGGUUAAAAAGGGGUUUCCUUUUUGUUACCCUGUAACUUUUUAAGAUACCUUGGGGCUAGAGAUGACUUUGUGGGUUUAUUUGGGUUUUGUUUCUGAAAUUUCGUUGCUCCAGAUUUGCUAUUUAUAACGAUGUAUGUCAUCACCCUAUCCACCCUCCCCAUCCCUGACCUGCUCUCACUUCCCUUCGAUUAGAGAAGCACCCAUAGACCCAGCGAAGGGUCCUCUCAGAGCAAAGCGCUCUGGUGCCACAGGAGAGGAGGUUAGACACCUCUGCCCUCCCUGCUGCAUUUGAUCUUGUCUAGGUUAACUUUUAAUUUCAUGGAGUAUUGUGCACAGCUUCCUCCACUUUUUCAGCCUCAGCUGCAAGUGAAAUGUUACAUGAUUCCUCCAUCUAAGUGCUGUUCUUCCCGAAGGGACACUCCAGAUCAACAUCAGGCAUCCUGGAUCAGAAUCAAAGAUCUCAGAGGGGAGUGAGUUCAUCCUCAUGGGAUGGUAAGGGGUCGGGGGCUGCUGGGCUCUCGGACAGCUGGUUCUCAGAGAACCCCAUGAUCACCACCCAAGCUCCUGGGCUCUCUAGGCCCCUGGAGUUCAGAUGUCUUCUCUAUAAAGCCUCCCACUGAGUCAAGAGGAACUAGAAAGCACCUUUGGAUAUAACAGGACCCUCGUGCUUAUUAAAUGGUUAUUUCCCCUUGGGAAAGCCCAGAAAAGCCGAUGAGUAUCGAAUGAGGUCCUAUGCCCUCCAUCCGUUUACUUCCUUCUGACCUUCUCCCAGGCACUCUCAUUUGUAGGUGAGCUUUUAGUUGGGGGCAGGUCUCCAUGUGCCUGGGGUGCUCCUUGCAGAGAUACCUCUUCAACCCCCAGGGCUACCAUGUAGGUAAUCUGACUCCCUGUGGUUUGUCACCUGGAUGGUUGUGGCCAGCAGGGAGUGGUGCCCCCCACCUUGGAGCGUGGCACCCAAGCCUGAGGUUGCUUCUGAGCCACUUGAGGAUCUGACCUGGGAAAUCCAAUUUGGAGGCUUGAUGUGCGAUUCAACCUGGCCCCAACCUUGGAUCUGUUUUUCCUCGAUGGCCCCCCUAGACUUUUCGCAGAUCUGCCACCCGCAAGCCUCCUCAGGAGUGGCAUCCUGCAGCUUCCUUCAGGAUCUCUACCCACCUUCUGAGCCGGCUACCUAAGCCUCAGAAUUGUGUCCUUCUGCGAUGCCAUCAGAGCAGUCUGGUCUGGCUAGGAGAGAAAACAGCCCUGUGUUGGGGGAGGUACAUUCCUGCGUCUUCUCACCAUCUCACCAGGAACUGGGGUCUUGGGAUGAGACACGGUAAAACUUGUAGAUAACUCCGCAAAUGGAAAGAAAGUGUGUGGAACCAUUUUGAAUGAAUGGAUUGGUUUCCUUGGCUCCCUGCAAACCUGGCCAAGCUCAGCUUCUGGAGCAGGAACAAGCACCAUCUCUGUGCCCAACCCACGGUAUUUAGGUCAGGGAGGAAUGGAGACCGCAUUCUUGGACUCUACUGGGGCUGUUGGAACCCUUCUGGAAGAGGCAGACAGGGGCCAAACAACUGCCCUGGCCCCAGGAAGGGGCUGUAGGUAGCUCUGAACGUCAGCAGCAAGACCGCGAAGUGACCGGGAGAAGAACUUGGAACCAAGUGGCUCGUGGAGAAAACAAAUUUGACUUAGGAAGGGAUUAGUAGGAAUAAUGUUUGGACUUGAUUUCCCCACCUCCUAAUCAAGAAUGAAAAUUUGGAUCUGUUCCUAGUCGAGCCCAGCAUCUCCCAAGCUUUUCAGGCUGUCCUCUUGCAGCCUCCACAACCUUGGGCUCCCUCGGCUUCCUGCAUUUGGUCUGCUGAUCAUGUCGCCAUCAUGUGUACGAAAAGUGUAACCAGUUGUGUUCAGUUGAAGGUGAGCUACCAGGUAUCUAACUUCUUUAACAUCGAGUUUUUGUGGGCUUUUGUUUUUGUUUUGUAUAUUGUUUACAUUUUGAGAGGUAGCAUUCUGUUUUAAAUGCUCUUUUUGUUUUUCUAACAGUAUUGUUGACUGGGUCAAAACAUUUAAGCUGUGGUUUGGUGGAUUUUAAAUUUUGUUUAAAGCUCAUUCUCUGUGCUAUCUUCAAAACCUUGGGUUUGGUCCUUUAACUCCUUUGGCAUUCAAAUGUUUAAAAGCUAUUUAUCUUGUUUUAUACAAGUUUUUUCUCUUCUUUUUGUAACGAUGAAGAUGUUAAAUUUGGUUUGCAGUCUGAAUGUAGAGAAAGUGAAGUGAUCCCCAAACCUUUGUGUUUUUUCUCCAAGUCCCACCAUGCCCUCUCUGGGCAGGUGUCUGAGGGGAAGUGACUACCCUCACCAUCACUCUUUGGAGCCAUGAAGAAAAACUGAAUGGUCUUACGGCAUCCCAGAAUAAUUUGUUCUCCCAAGAACAAAGGCAUAAGAAUAGAACGUGGCUGACUGGGUGAGGCCUGGAUGGGGACAAGGCAGGAUUUUUCUCCAUUUUCUCCCUCUGCCAUUUAACCAGUCACAGCUUCUCCCGCCCUGCCCCUCUUCUGAAAGUCUAUGGCUGAGAAAACUCUAGUCUCCCAGGUCUCCCCACCAAAGUAAGGGGUUCUCUGAAAACUCCACCUAGACCACUAGAAGGUGGCCUCUGGCCCUUGUUCCUAUUAAUGAACCACUGAGUCUUUGUCCCCUAGUGCAAGCUCAUUCCCUGUGCCCUGCAGUUUGGGGGUUAUGGGGCAGGCUAGGAAGCCAGCAGUUCCAGAAGCACAGCCUGAGGCAAUGCUCGAUGUCUCCUUAUCUAGCUCAGGGGUUACUGGUCUGUGGGAUGUGCUAUGAGUCGCCCCUGUGGCUGCUCUCAGUGGCACUCCCUAGGUUCCCUCCACAGGCAGCUCGUCAUCCCUUCUCCCUCUUCCUACUUCUGUUUCUCUUGCCUGUGCUUUAGGCCUCAAACAGGUACCCUGGUAGCGCUCAGGGCUUGGGACUACAUACUCCUGCCCUACUGACUUUCCCCUCUUCACAGUCUGCCAGGGCCUGCCCCAGGGAGGUGGACCAAAGACCCAGGACUUUUCUCAGUAGCCAGUCCCACCCUCCUAAUUGUCUUUUUACCAAUUCAGGUUGGGAGAGAAGAAAUUUCAGCAAUCCCCAGCAUUUGAGCUACUCAAGUGUUAGGGGCCAGAAGGGACAGUGUGUUUAAAACAACCCUUAGGAAGCUCUGGCCUUAGACCUGUGGCUCCCCCAGUACCAGAGACCUCACUUUUUUCUGGCAGAAAUGUGGGGAGGAGGCUCCAGCCUGAGCACGGGAAUCAAAGGGAAAACAUUCAAACUGCCCCCAAAUCUACCAGCCAUCUACAGGCGGCUUUGUGACACAGCCCUGGCCUUCUUCUGAAACGUGCCACUUAUGAAGAGUGUCUCCAGAGGGACGAGGAGAAUCGGCUGUCCCCGGCGGGAAAUCCUUUGGAGGCUGGGGAGGAAACUUCCAGAGGAGCCCCUUCCCCUUACUCAGAGCCAUUUUGGGAGGAAGUGGGAACCAACAACCUUUGGGGGAAGGCCUGGUGCGGCUCAGCACACCCAAGCAUCAGGUCAGGUCAUUGUAAUAAAAAAAUGUGAAUGAAGUUUAGAUUCAGCUUUUGGGGGAGCAGGAUAAACGACCACCCCACCAUAUGUGUGUGACUUCUCAAUUUCCCACUGCAAUUUCCAUUUUUUUUAAAUAGGAAUUUUCAACCCCCUGUGCUUGUCUAAUGUCUGCUCGGAACAAUUCGAGACCCUGUUACUGUUUUAAGAUGCAUGCGUGUUAAGGUGACUCUCCAACCCGAGGAAAAAAAUAAAAUUCAAAAAAGGUUUGUGUACA